ACUUCUUAUAACUGUGACACAGUGCUGGUUAAAAAAAUAUUCUCCUCUGCGGAUAUACUUCACUUGUACACCAGAAUGAAGCAUAUAUUUGAUGCAGUUGAGAGUUCAAAAGCCUACGGAUUAGCUGCAAUGCACUGUGUACCGAGAAAAAUUCUCGAGAGAAAUGCUUUUCCGGGAACAAAGAAAUCCAAAAAACUCCUAAAAAUGGAACUAGAAGGAUUUGUAGUAACACCUCAAAAGAAGGGACAUUAUAUUUGUACAAGAAGAGAUAUUUAUGCAUUGGACUGUGAGAUGGUUAUCACAACGGCGGGAUGUGAGGUGGCAAGGGUAACAGUUGUGAAUAUUGAUGAGCAAGUUGUUUUUGAUACGUAUGUGAAGCCUCCUAAUCGAAUCUUGAACUAUAACACUCGAUUCUCAGGAAUAACUAAAGAAAUUCUGGCGAAUGUAACUCAGAACCUGGCUAUGGUUCAGUGUGCACUCCUUACACUCUUCCACUCCCGGACAAUCCUCAUUGGGCACAGCCUCGAUAAUGAUUUACGUGCUCUGAAGCUUAUCCAUGGACGUGUAUAUGAUACCUCAAUAACUUACUCACACUACAUGGGGCAGAAGGUUAAAUGGGCCCUGAAGGAUCUCUGCUUGAUCAAACUCGGGAAAAUCAUCCAGGACAGUGAAAAUGGUCACGAUAGUGCAGAAGACGCUACAACAUGCAUGCAGUUGUUUAAACAUUUUAUGGGCUGUGGAAAUCGUCUUCAGCGAUUGAUGGCCAUGCAUGGAACAUUGGUAGAGCCCAGCGUAAUACAACAGAAGAAACCUAAAAAUAAUUAUUAGCAAAUGAUUUUCUCCCAAUUUCUUCGUUUUAUGAAUUAAAGAUGCCUCAUUGAUCCCUUCGCAAUAAAAAUUUUAAUUACAAGCAAAA